CUCGACGGAGAGUAUCCCAAACAGUGUCGUAUGGCACAUCUCCUCUUCGGCUUUCGCGGUGCAUCUGCCAAUGGUGACCGCGUUGGGCUGACAGACGCAAUGUCCACCGAGUCCCCCAUCCACCCCAUCCUGGUCAUGGAAGAGUCUUCAGACCUUCCAAAUGAGCUUCUAGAAGGAUUCUCCAGCGCCACAGUGUCUUCCUCGCAGGAAGUAAUCAUAGGUUGGCAAAAAUGGGGUCUGCAUGAGCCAAUCAGACCGUUUCAAUCCUCCACGCCUCAAGUUGAGUGGCGGAUGAGGUUGGCUGCAGAAACGCCCGAAACGCCCGCAAAAGCAAUUCUUCAAACUCUUGAUGCUCACGAUGUACGGUCUCAGAGGGCGCGUGCCAAUAGCUUGCCGUUGUCCUUCGAUCGAGUAGCAUCGAUCGAACAAGCAAUGAUUGAUUUCAUGGUAAUUUCGAAUCUCAUGCAUGCCAAAGAUCUCCCGCUUGCUAUUAGUCAACCGAGUCUAGCAUUGUGUUACAGUUGAAAAUGCCGCUUGCAAUUCUUCACGGCAUUACCGAUAUAUGACAGCACGAUAUUCGGG